GGUGCAUAUGCUCUGACAAAACCGUCGCCUCAGAACACAGCCUCCAUUUACCCUUGAUCGGACACACAUGAACACAAACUCCACCGUCUGCCACGUGGUGGCGGUCCCUUUUCCCGGGAGAGGCCACGUCAACCCCAUGAUCAACCUCUGCAAACUACUAGCUUCAAAGAAAGACAACAUUCGAAUCACCAUUGUCGUCACAGAGGAGUGGCAUGGCUUCAUAGCCUCCGAUCCCCAGCCUCACCAACUCAGCUUCUCUACCAUCCCAAACGUUCUUCCAUCUGAACUAGUUCGCAGUCAGAACUACCCUGGAUUUUACGAAGCUGUGAUGACGAAAAUGGAAGCUCCAUUUGAAGAGUUAAUGGGUCGAACUCAGCCUCCGGUGACGGCGAUUAUAGCCGACACCGAACUUCUCUGGGCCAUUCCCGCCGCCCGCCUGAGGAAUAUUCCGGUGGCGUCGCUCUGGACGGCAUCGGCGUCAGUCUUUGCAACCAAAUGUGAAGAGUUAAAGAUGGGUUUGUUAGAUGGAGAUCAGAAAUUGGACCAAAAGGGAGAGAUUGGAGAGCUAGAGGACCCAAGAGUAACCAAGCUUGCUAUGGAGUGCACUUCAAUUGUUUCGAAAGCGAAUUACUUACUAUUGAGUUCAGUGUAUGAGCUUGAAUCCAAAGUUAUAGACUCUUUACAAGCAGAGUACACUUUACCUGUGUACCCAAUUGGUCCUGCAAUACCUUAUUUAGAGCUAGAAUGUGACAAUGGCCUUGACUAUCUGAAAUGGCUAGAUUCCCAACCUAAAGACUCUGUCUUGUACAUUUCAUUGGGGAGUUUUCUAUCGGUUUCGAGUGCCCAAAUGGAUGAAAUUGCUGCCGGGCUUCGAAAGAGUGGGAUUCGGUUCUUGUGGGUUGCUAGGAGAGAGAGUGCCAGGUUGAAAGAGAAGUGUGGUGAUAUGGGGUUAGUGGUGCCAUGGUGUAAGCAAUUGAAGGUCUUGUGUCAUGCUUCUGUUGGUGGUUUUUGGACUCAUUGUGGGUGGAACUCAACCCUGGAAGCUGUGUUUUCUGGUGUUCCAAUGCUUACUUCACCUUUGGCUUUUGAUCAAUUUCCUAACAGCAAGCAAAUUGUUAAAGAGUGGAAUAUUGGCCGUGAGAGGGUUAAGAGAGAUGUACGAGGUAAUCAUGAUUUGAUGACAAGGGAAGAUAUUGUUGAUAUUGUGCAAAGAUUCAUGGAUCUUGAAAGCAGUGACGGAAAGGAGAUGAGAAAAAAAGUGAAGGAACUCAGCAAUUUGUGUCAAGGAGCAAUUGCAAAAGGUGGUUCAUCUGAUAAGAAACUUGAUGAUUUUAUCAGUGAUAUAACCAAAGCUGCAGCCAUCUGAUACAACCUCUUAUCCAUAGCAUGAUGACAAUGGUAUGUGCAUCACUUGUAGGUUCAAUACUUCAAUAUAUUCGAAUUAGUCUUUAUGUCUAAAUUGGUGAAUCUAGAUACUUAUACGUGAUGACAAUGCUAUGUACAUGGUCUUAUAGGUUCAAUAUAUGUUUUGAAAUCUAAAUAACUGCUUAAUGGUAAUAGCAAAACUUUAUAUA